AUGUACGGAGACGUGUUCAACGCCACCGGCGGCCCCGAGGCGGCGGGAGGCGGCGCGCUGGCCCCGGGAGCCACGGUCAAGGCGGAGGGCGCGUUGCCGCUGGAGCUGGCCACCGCGCGCGGGAUGCGGGACGGCGCGGCCACCAAACCCGACCUGCCCACCUACCUGCUGCUCUUCUUCCUGCUGCUGCUCUCCGUGGCGCUCGUCGUCCUCUUCAUCGGCUGCCAGCUGCGCCACUCGGCCUUCGCUGCGCUGCCCCACGACCGCUCGCUGCGGGACGCCCGCGCGCCCUGGAAGACGCGGCCGGUGUAGGGUGGACCGGAAUCAGUGCCGCCGGGAGAUUCCAGCAGGGCAGGGCGGGCUCCGCAGUCGCUGGCCGUUGAGACACAUCGCUUUGAUCCAAAGACCCCUUCCGACCUAGAGAGUAAGGGUGGGAUGGGCGGCAUUAGCAGGUUGCAUGGGGUGCUGAUUCCAGUGCCCCAAGUAUUCUCCCUGGUCAGCGGGUCCUGCCAGUGAGCCAUCCUGCAAGGCCCACCCACCGGGCGCAGGAGCCUGGUCUGCCGGGCUGACUUCCUUACUUUGCUGGCAGAAGGGGCAAUAGACACCGCGAGCACCAGGAACUGCCUUUUGGGGCUGCUAUGGCCCUAUGGCUGUCUCCUGGAGGCCGCCACCGCUCCUUGACAUUGGGGACUCAAUAGGGGAAUGACACAAGGUCUCCGCGCGUGUCCCGCCCUAGUCCAAGAACCCAGGCCCCUCUGCAGGCAGGGGUCGAGUGCGGUGGAGGGGCGCAUAGCCUCACGGCGCGCCUUUGUGGAUCUGCAUCUCACACCUCCAGGGACUACAUUUCUACAAUAAAAACUCCCCAGAUUAGAUACACCGCUGUGGUCACUGGUUGCGCCGCUUUGGAAAGUGGGAUAUGGGCAAGUCCAUCCCCAGAAGAAACCCAAGCCAGAUCCACCUCCCCUGUGCUGUGGUGAUCCAGACUCGAGGGAAAACUGACACCUGACCUGCUGAAUAGAUUCCUGUUUAAAGGACCCCGUGGAGACUCUCCCAGCAGGGCAGAUCCUUCCACUCAUGUCCUCCUUUGCUCUCAGAGCUUCCCCUGGCCUGAAACCAUCCAGAGUUGCCUUGAACCGAACCAGAGCUUGGUGGAGGGUAGUGUUGGACUAGCUGAGCAGUAACGAGUGCUUCCUCAUAUUGGAUCCAGAGUCUCCUGGGCAUCAGGAACAUGGUCAACUUCAUAUCUGUCCUCUAACAUGCAAGCAAGUAGACUACAAGGUGGUGCUUACCAUCUAGAUAGUAUCUUGGAUCCAGUGAUAUGCAUGUUCUCCCCCAAAUUCCUAUGUUGAGGCCCUAACUCCCAGAAGGGCUGAGUUUGCCAGUAGGGAAUUACCAGCUUCUUGAAACCAUGUGUGAAGCCCCAGUUUACCCCUCUUCCCCGAUAACUGAGAAAAAGGCUAAGAAAACAUCCUGAGACGCUGAUCAUCUACUUCCCUUACCCAAAACUCAAUCAGCCAGAACCUUGAACUUGGACUUCCAGAACUUGACAAAAUAAAUUUCUCUUGUUUAAUUCA